AUGGAAUCUGAGAGUGUGAGGCAUUUGUUUUUGCACUAUUUAGUAGCAUCUGACAUUUGGAGUAUGUUUGUAUCAGUUUUUGGACUUGCCUGGGAUAUGCCAAACAGUAUCAAGGAAGCUUAUGAGAGUUGGUGUUCAUGGAGAGCUGGGAUAUCCAUCAAAAAGACUUGGUCAAUGCACAAUGGUGUAUAUAAUACAGGAGUUCUUGUCUUCUUUUUUCUGCUCGGACUUUUUGGGCUCAUAUUGCACUGCUCUUCCCUUAAUAGCAAUGAUCCACACAUGGCUGGAUGUCAUAACUGUUGUUAUGGCUGGGGAAUGUGGGAUCUUUUUCCUGCGUCAAUGGAAGCAUGCUUUGCUUUGGUUGUUGUGUUUGUUGUCAUCCUUGCCAUUCUUGGCAUUGCAUAUAGUUUCCUUGCAGCCACAAUGGCCAUCCAGCGGAUCUGGCAAAGACACUACCACAUCCUAACCAAGAGAGAACUUACUCAGGAGUAUAUAGUGGAGGAUCUUCGUGGCUGUUACACUCCUCCAAAACUGGAUAUAGAGCAUGAAGAACGCCUAAAAAUGCUUAACCUUUUGUAGAGAGAAUAGCUGGAUGCACUUCCUCCAUUUGAUUGUGUUUGACGUCAUUUGACUGGACAGGAUUUAAUAUUUAAGUUAAAUUUUGUUUCAUGUAAAUGUAAAUGUAGUGGAACGAUGAAUAUAUCUGUUCACAUAUUAUAUGAUAAUUUAAAGAGAAAAUACAUAA